GGUCCUGAGGUGCAGUUGUUAGUAACAUGAUGGCGGCGUCCGCGCGAGCUCAGGUGAUGUCUCUGUACAGGUGUCUGCUGACGGAGAGCGGGAAGUUUCCCGCCUACAACUACAGGACCUACGCUCUGCGAAGGGUGCGUGAUGCCUUCAGGGCCAACAGGAACAUAGACGACCCAAAAGCAGUGGAGAGACUGAUUGUGGAGGGACGGCAGACACUGGCAAUGAUACAGAGACAGGUCGCCAUCGGGAAGAUGUUCGAGACCCAGAAGAUCGUGGUGGAGUGACGUUCAGCUGGGUCUCUGGAGCUGGAGGUGGAGCACUGUCCCAGCACCUGCUUCCUCUUGGACUCAAACGCCGUUUAAUCUGACACACCUGGGUGUAGGUGUAGGUGUGAAAUGCAUUGUGGGAGAUGUAGGAGCUGAAGUUUGUUUGUUUUUUUCAGGGAUGCAUCGAUCAGACGUUGAAAUAUUCUUCAUGUUUGUUUCAUCAAACUUCAUCACUCUCUUCCAAGAGUCUGCUCUGAAGGCAGAAGACCCGCCUCACUCUGCCUCUGAUUGGCUGGCACUCGCUGUCGUCGUUAAAUAAUCCAAUCAGAGGCAGAGUGAGGCAGGCCGAUCCCUCCUUCCUGUCACGUGACGUAGACUCAUCGAUGCGUCCCUGAUUCUUUUAUUUUUCUGUUGUAACGCACAAAAAUGUGUCCGACAUGAUUCUUCGUGGUGUUGGAUUAUAAACCUGUGAACACA